UGAGGGUAUAGUAAACACAAGUUUAAUGUUGUUUCCAAUGAUUGCAUUUCAAUGACUUAAUUGUGGUUUAAAUUUGACUCAAUUUUGCCCACAAUUGGUGUUAUAAAUGAGAUUAACUUCUAUUUGCCGCUCAUUUCGACCCGAAUUUGUCGGUUAUGUCCCGAAAUUCCCGGGAAAUGUGGAAACGGGAAAGCAUCGGUUCGUCCCGAAAGUGACGACUGGGAAGAAGUUAUCGCUUUAUAAACAACUCAAACACGAGGAACAAGUGAUGAGAUAUAUCUCCAAACCAUACAUCACUCCUUCCCAAGAGAAGGCUUACCUCCAGUCCAUCGGCAGAACUCGACCCGAAUAUUGGGAUGACUUCCUUCGGCAACCGCUUGAAGAGCCUCUUAAGCAGUACUUCGCCGCCGAUUAUCUCCGAAAGUUAGACUUUAGCCGUGGUUUCGAAGAAGAAGACUAAUGCUAAUGAAUGGCCGCCUUUUUAUUUCAUUACACACUUAUACUGUAUUUAUAUAUUAAUAGCAUUUUAUAUAAUAUUAGAUGAAAUUUCAAAAUAUAAACUAGGAUUUAAAAAGUGA